UGCCACGAGACAGAGGGCAGGAACUGGUCGAGUGACUAACAUAUUCCAGAAGGACGAGCGUGGUAGCUCAGAAGGGUUUUAUCUCGCUGGCAUUCUCAGCCAAUCGGCCUCCACUCGCGCUAAGCGCGCCACUUUCAACAAGCUCGGUGACCCGAGCAGAUGCGCCCCAAGUUAACCUCCGAAGAAAACCACUUGGCGAGAGCCUUCUUGCGUGACUUUGGCUGCUCGACUAAGACUUCCAAUCAGAUUAUUAUACAUAAGUCUUGACGCCAAGAAAGCGAUAUAAAAAAAUGGUACGAGAAGCGGUACGAGAGGAAUGUUCCAAGAAGAACGGUACGAGAAACUCAUGCGACAAGGGCCGAACGACGUCUCUCGGACACCAACGCUAUCCCUACUUCGAAUGCUUAUUAGUGGUCAACACAAAAGUGGGAAGAUCUUUGUUAGUAAGUAUGCUUCUGUAUCUUUGGGGGACACCGGCACACAAAGAUACAGAAGUAUACUUAUCAGCAAAGAUUCCGUAUAUUGAAGGGUCGAGACAUUUACAAACGCCUUAUGGUUUGGCUCUCUCGUCAGGCUAUGAUUCUGGUGUGAUCAUGGAUCGUUUCCAUACAGCCACCAGAUGGUUUACAUGUCCCAUCGAGGGUCAUAGUUCGUGUCAUCUGUUGUCCCUGGGAAGUCAGAGGACGAGACUCGAGGUGGAGUUCAAUCUCCAUACUAAAAGCGCAGUCCGACAUUUUUUCGUCGCAUUCAUGUUACGUCGAUUCAGAGGGAGGGGUACCAGGAUCGCGCUUAAGAACGACACAUGUGGAGGUGACUUGGCUCAAAACAAUGAAAGACGUCGGCAACGACGACGGGCAGGUUUUAAGCUGAAAUAGCUGCGGAACGACCAUUACACUACAGGAAGUGAUAGCCGCCUGCUGACACCAGCUCUAAAGCAAAGCUGUGGCUCAAAAUUUUCGACGACUC